CACCUCUGCCAGUCGUUGCUUUAGACUCGUUUAGUAACUAUGAGAUUUCAUACUGUCAUUGCCUUUGUGCUUUGUGCGCUUGGCGCCCAGAUGCUCGAAAGCGAGAGCGCCAAGAUAUUGGCUACUCUGCCGUUUCCGGGUCGGUCGCAGUACAUCUUUGUGGAGACCUAUCUGAAGGCUUUGGCCGACAAAGGUCACCAGGUGACUGUUAUAAACACCUUCAGGAAUAAGCCGUACCCGAACAUAAGGUUCAUCGAAGCCGUUAAAGUUCAGGAAUACAGCGAUGAUAUGCUAGGAUCGUUGAAUGAACCGAGUCUGUGGCAACAAUUAAACUCCUUGGACUCUAUUUUAAAGAACUUUACGGAGACUACCUUGGAAGAUGAGGGUGUAAAAAAGCUACUGAACUCUGGAGAGACCUUCGAUCUUGUCCUGGCAGAGAUGCUUCAAAUGGAGCCGCUUUAUGCGCUAGCGCAGCACUUCAACGCAAGUUUGGUCGGCUUCUCGAGUUUUGGAACAGAUGAAAAGGUCGACGAAGCCUUUGGAAAUGUAUCGCCGCUGUCAUAUAAUCCAUUAGUAACUUCUCCCCGCAACAGUAGAAUGACAUUCGUGGAACGUCUGCAUAACCAAUAUGAAGCUGGCAUAGAGCGAAUUCACCGCCAUUGGGUACAUCUGCCCGCAAUGCAAAAGCUCUACCAAAAAUAUUUUCCGAACGCCAAGAAAACGAUGGAGGAGGUUAUGGACAGUUUCUCCCUAGUUUUGCUUGGUCAGCAUUUUUCCCUGAGCUAUCCACGUCCUUAUAUGCCCAACAUGAUCGAGGUGGGUGGGCUGCACAUCUCCCAUAAGCCAAAGCCGCUGCCAGAGGAUAUAAAGAAGUUUAUUGAAGAAUCAAAGCACGGAGUAAUCUACUUCUCCAUGGGAUCGAAUGUUAAGAGCAAGGAUUUGCCACUGGAGACCCGAGAAACGUUGUUAAAAACCUUUUCCAAGCUGAAGCAGAGAGUGUUGUGGAAAUUCGAGGACGACAAUAUGCCGGGAAAACCAGACAAUGUGUUGAUUAAGAAAUGGUAUCCCCAACCCGACAUCCUGGCACAUCCCAAUGUUAAGAUGUUCAUCACCCAUGGAGGCCUGUUGAGCUCUACAGAAAGUGUUUAUUUUGGAAAGCCAGUGCUGGGUUUGCCGUGCUUCUAUGACCAGUUCAUGAAUGUGAAACGCGCCGAGAAUGUGGGAUUUGGAUUGGGACUUGACCUUAACAACCUUAAGCAAUCAGAGCUGGAAGAGUCCAUCCAAAAGAUUCUCACUACACCCAGUUUUGGACAAGUGGCAGCUGCCAUCGCAGAGCGGUAUCGGGAUCAACCACAACCUGCUUUGGACCGAGCUGUCUGGUGGACAGAGUAUAUAAUCCGACACAAGGGUGCCCCUCAUCUGCGAUCAACUGCCAGAGAUCUUAACUUUUUCCAGCUCCAUAGUCUGGAUACACUGACAGUACUUUUUGGAAUACCUCUUCUCGUUAUUGCAAUCCUCAUCAAACUGUCUAGUAGAUUGAUUCGAAGCAAACCUCAAAGGUGCCCCCAUGCUGAUAAGCUCAAGAAGCAAUAGAAGCUUUCUUUAUUGUUUGCUGUUGUAAGAUUAUUGUAUCACCGACUGACUACGAGAAUGUGACGUAUUUGGGUUGAUUGUUUUGGGGAACACCACCUUAAACUAUGAUGAUUUUUGAUAAUGAUAACCAAAAUCCAACGAGCGGCCAGCUGAGGGUAUUGAACUUUUCUGAUUACAGUCGGCCAAAACCCAAUUACUUCAAACGCUGAUAUGGGACAUGUUUUUUCGAAAAAAAUAUGAUUAAAUGAAUGAAAAAUGUU